AUGAAUCUGACUGGCUGACUGUCGGUCGUGCUCAGGCGAGGUGACGCAGGCAACUGAGAGACUCAUCAAACUGGGACAAGAGCAAGAUGAGACAGCUAGAAAUUCCUCCCUCAGGCCUGGAGAAGCGUAAACCAACCAGCAGCCAGACUAUGGAGCUAUUAUUAUGACAAAAUGAGCUCCAUACCCGACCCCCACACGUUCAUAAUGUCUUUUGUUAUGAUUAAGGCAAUGCUAGAGGUCCAGCAAAACAUGACACCCCAAUAAAGACCUUUUGCUCAUAGUUAGGGUUAGAUAUUUUUUUCUUUUUUUUUCUUUUAAAUCACUGGCCUUGAGUAUUAAACCUUAGUGCGUAAAUUGCCCUCUGAUAUUGGUGCUACAGACAUUAAGUGGAUGAUUACAAGGGUGUCCAAUCCUGCUCCUGAAGUUUAGCUCCAACACACCUGCAAGUUUGUACAGUGGGGGGUGGCAAAUCUGUUCCCUGAGAUCCACUUUCCUCAGAGCUUAGCUCCGACCAAUUAAACAAACCAAACACACCUGGACAUGCUAAUCAAUGUCUUCAGGAUUACUGGAAAGCUACAGGCAUCUGAGUUUGAUCAAGAUUGGAUAAAAAAAGAGGAUUCAACUGGAUCUUGAGGUUGCCAUCCACAACUCCUUUCCAGUGGCUUCACAGAAAGGUGUCCACUGGUUAUGCACUUCCCAAUCUGGGCGGAAGUAUUCGGUAGUAUAUGAAUACUAUGAAUUCAGAUUUGUCGUCCUUGUUCCCCAAUGGCUAAACUCCUCAUACAUUCCCACCGAUCUGACAUUUUAUGAUGGAGUUGUUUUGAAUGAUGGUUAUUAUGAUUAUUAUCUGGUCUUGAGUCCAGUGUGUGGGCUAAGAUGCUUUCGCCCACUGAAGCCACUUCACUUUGGAUGAGAUAAUUGUGUUAAAAGCAGCCUCACAUAUCCAAAUCGUUCGGUGCAGAACUGUCCAACAUGUCUGGAGACAGCUGCUUUCACCUCUGGAGAUCGCUCGGGAAGAUGUUUCCUCGCUCGGGAAAAUCCAUCGUCUUUGACAGCUUUCCAGAUCCAUCUGACACCUGGGAGAUCAUUGAGACUAUUGGUAAAGGGACUUAUGGAAAAGUUUAUAAAGUGCUUAACAGAUUCGAUGGCAGCAAAGCCGCCGUCAAAAUACUGGAUCCGAUCCAUGAUAUUGAUGAGGAAAUCGAAGCGGAGUAUAACAUCCUGAAAGCUCUCUCGGACCAUCCCAAUGUCGUCAAGUUCUUUGGAAUAUUCUACAAGAAGGACGUCAAAAACGGGGACCAGUUAUGGCUAGUGCUAGAGUUGUGUAAUGGAGGGUCUGUCACCGAUCUGGCUAAGGGUAUGCUGAAAAGAGGAGAACGCAUGGAGGAACCCAUCAUAGCCUACAUCCUACAUGAAGCUCUCAUGGGUCUCCAGCAUUUACACAUCAAUAAAACCAUCCAUCGAGAUGUCAAGGGCAACAACAUCCUGCUCACCACAGAAGGAGGAAUCAAGCUGGUUGACUUCGGGGUAUCGGCCCAGCUUACAAACACCAGACUUCGGAGGAACACUUCGGUCGGAACACCCUUCUGGAUGGCCCCUGAGGUCAUCGCGUGUGAGCAGCAGCUCGACUCCACAUAUGAUGAGCGCUGUGACGUGUGGUCUCUGGGUAUCACAGCCAUAGAGCUGGGUGAUGGAGACCCGCCCCUUGCGGAUCUUCAUCCAAUGAGAGCUCUCUUCAAAAUUCCAAGGAAUCCUCCACCCACCCUACACCAACCAGAGCUCUGGUCAAACGAUUUUAACGAUUUUCUAUGCAAGUGUCUGAUAAAGGAUUUUGAGCUCAGGCCCAGUGUGUUUGACCUUCUUCAGCAUGUCUUCAUCAAACAGAUUGUGGGCCAUAAGAAGACGCUGCAGAAGCAGCUGAUGGAGCUUAUCGACCUCAACCAACAAAUAGGUGUUAUCGAGAAAACAAGCCAUCUGGGAAUAUCUGAAAGGAGAGACAGUGAUUCCAGGCAUGAGCGGAUCCACACCAAAAAAGGCAGCUACAUGAAGUCUCAAAGUCAGUCUUGUGACGACGUGGAUGAUCUGGCAACCCUAGAGGUUCUAGAUGAAAACACAAUCACUGAACAGCUACAGAGACGUUACGCAAAGGAGCAGAUCUAUACCUACGUUGGAGACAUCCUCAUAGCGGUUAAUCCAUUCCACAAAACGGAGCUGUACACACCAGAGCAUUCUAAGGUUUAUAUUGGAGCCAAAAGAACGUCCAACCCUCCUCAUAUAUAUGCAGUUGCAGACAUCGCAUAUCAGUCCAUGGUGUCCUAUAAUGCUGAUCAGUGCAUUGUCAUUAGCGGAGAGAGCGGUGCUGGGAAAACAGAAAGUGCCCAUUUAUUAGUCCAACAGCUGACCGUCCUUGGAAAGGCUAACAAUCGGACCCUUCAAGAGAAGAUUUUGCUGGUCAAUAGUCUGGUGGAGGCCUUUGGAAAUGCCUGUACUGUGAUUAAUGAUAACUCCAGUCGUUUUGGCAAGUAUCUGGAGAUGAAGUUCACCUGUGGAGGGACCGUGGUGGGGGCUCAGAUCUCCGAUUACCUGCUGGAGAAGUCUCGGGUCGUACACCAGGCCGUAGGGGAACGUAACUUCCACAUCUUCUAUUAUAUCUAUGCUGGUCUGGCUGAGAGGAAGAAACUCGGCCACUACAAACUGUCAGACAGCAAAACACCAAAGUAUCUCCACAAUGAGAAUUUUCAAUUAGUGCCUGACAUUGUGGGCAAUGCCUUCUAUAAGGAGCAGUUUGAGACAGUGGAGCAGUGCUUCAAAGUCAUCGGCUUCACCCUAGAGGAGCUCGGGAGUGUUUACAGUAUCUUAGCUGGGAUCCUAAAUGCAGGAGAUGUCGAGUUCACGUCAGUCGCUUCCGAACAUCAGACGGACAAAAGCAACAUUUCCAACAUGGCCGUACUAGAGAGUGCUGCAUCGCUCUUGUGUAUCCGUGCGGACGAGCUCCAGGAAGCGCUGACCUCUCACUGUGUGGUCACACGGGGUGAAACCAUUGUCAGAUCAAACACAGUGGAGAAGGCCACUGAGGUACGGGACGCCAUGGGCAAAGCUCUCUACGGACGCCUGUUCAGCUGGAUCGUCAACCGCAUCAACUCUCUCCUGAAACCAGACAACGACAGCCAGUCAGGGGAGGAAGACAAAGGUCUAAACAUUGGUAUUCUGGAUAUCUUUGGCUUUGAAAACUUUAAGAGGAACUCUUUUGAGCAGCUCUGCAUCAACAUUGCCAAUGAGCAGAUCCAGUUCUACUUCAACCAGCACAUCUUCGCCUGGGAACAGGAUGAGUAUCUGAAUGAAGACGUGGACGCUCGGGUGAUUGAAUAUGAAGAUAACCGGCCGCUGCUGGACCUGUUCCUUCAGAAGCCCAUGGGCAUGUUAGCACUACUAGAUGAGGAGAGUCGCUUUCCUCAGGCUACUGACCAGACCCUCGUCGAGAAAUUUGAGGACAACUUAAAAUCCAAAAACUUUUGGAGGCCAAAGAGGGUUGAUCUGGGAUUUGGAAUCCAUCACUAUGCAGGCAAGGUGAUCUAUAAUGCCGGCGGUUUUCUGGCUAAGAACAGAGAUGCUCUGCCUGCUGAUAUUGUUCUUCUGCUGAGGUCCUCGGAGAAUGAACUGAUCUGUAAACUGGUUACUCACCCGCUCACUAAAACAGGUAACCUGGCUCACACUAAAGGCAAGGCUGCGGGAUCUGCUCAUAUGGGCACACAACAAUCACAACGCACCAUUAACUUUGCCAAGCUGGAGGGUCUUAUGUUAUUCAGUACUGUAUCAUUCAGUGAGUCUUGCUCUCGGAAAUUAACUCCCACCCAUGACAAAACAAUGCUUGCCUUGCCUGUUGACACUGUACAAACGGUGGAGAGCAUAGGAGAGACCACACAUCACCCCAGAGAGACCACCAACAUGAAGACUCAAACUGUGGCCUCUUACUUUAGAUAUUCUCUAAUGGACCUGUUAUCAAAGAUGGUGGCAGGCCAACCUCACUUUGUGCGUUGCAUAAAACCCAACAAUGAUCGCCAAGCCCAUAAGUUUGACAGGGAAAAGGUUCUAAUCCAAUUACGCUACACUGGUAUUCUAGAGACGGCCAAGAUACGCAGACAGGGCUACUCUCACCGCAUCCUCUUCAACAACUUCAUUGAAAGAUACUCUAUAUUAGCAUUUAGAGCCAAUGAGGAGCCAGCAAUGAAUCCUGAGACAUGUGCUGUUAUUUUGGAGAAGGCCAAACUAGAGAACUGGGUUCUGGGAAAAACAAAGGUAUUUCUUAAGUACUAUCAUGUGGAGCAACUGAAUCUGAUGGUGAGGCAGACCACAGACCGAAUUGUUCUGGUCCAAGCAUAUAUACGGGGCUGGCUGGCAUUUAAACGAUACCGUUUGAUGCAGGAAAAACGAGAACAAAGUGCCGUGGUGUUGCAGUCAGCAUACAGAGGACACAAAGUUAGGAAGAGAGUGGCUGAUGACAAAAGCAAAGCAAAGUCAGAAGCUGUUAUUACGCAAUUCCAAGCAGUUUGCAGAGGAUAUCUGGAAAGGCAGAAAUACAAGGAGUUGCUAGAUGAGAAGAACAAAGCUGCUGCAAAGAUCCAGGCCCAUUACAGGGGGCACAAAGAGAGGAAAAGCUUUAAGAGGAAAAAGGAAGCCAUGCAGAAGGCAAAAUCUGAGAAGACAGAGGAAGUGACGGAGGCCCCAUCAGAAUCAGAAGAUCCAGUUACAGAGGAACCUCCACAGGAAGGAGGUGAAGUGGAAACGGAUGAAGCUGAUGAAAAGGCUGCUGUGGUCCUCCAGAGCAACUACAGAGGUUACAGGGAAAGGAAGAAAUACAAGGAGCAUCGGGAACGUAACAAGACUUUAACAGGGGAUGAGCUGGCCAUUUCCUCAUCCACACCUGAAGAAGUCACUCCUGGAGAAGAUUUGGAUGCUAUACAAGAGGACAUACAGGAGAAUAUGGAGGGAGAAGUGAAGGAGGCUGAGGAAGAGGCUGCAAGUGGAGGAGAUGAGAACAAUAAAGAGGAAACCAAGGCAGCCACUGUUAUCCAGAGCAACUUCAGAGGUCACAAAGAACGUAAAAGACUCCAAGAGGAGGGGAAGAUGCCAGUUAGAGGACAGAAGGAGACAAGUAGUCCUCCAGUUGAAGAUGAGCUUCCUAUUCCAGAUCCACCACCUCCAGAAGAACUGAUGGAAUUCACUGAGGACAUGGAACAGGAGGAUGAGGCUCCAGCUGAACCACCAGGAGAAGAUGAAGAGGCCAAAGCCGCUGUGGUUCUUCAGAGCAAUUUCCGUGGCCACAAAGAGCGUAAAAGGCUCCAGGAGGAAGGCAAAAUCCCCAAGAAAAAGCCAAAAGAAGAUAUGGCUAAUCCAGACGCUUCUGAACCAGACAUUUCUCUUGAGGAACUCCCACCACCUCCAUUAGAAUUCGAGCAAGAGCUAGAUUCCAGUCACUCUCCAGGGGCAGAUGAAGAACAUGCUGCAACUGUUCUACAGAGCAAUUUCAGAGGCCACCAGGAGAGAAAGCGAUUGAGAGCAGAGAGAGAAGGAGCCAGUGGAAAAGAGGUUGAAGAGAUGGAGGAACAGGAGGAUGGGGAAGCUCUGGACAUCACAGAUGUUCGGCUGGAACGGAAGGGGGUUGAAGGAGAGGAGGAUUCUCAGGCUGAGGAAGCCCAGUAUGAUGAGGAGCAGGCAGCCAUUAAAAUCCAGAGCAAUUUCAGAGGUUAUAAAGACAGAAAGAAACUGAAAGCCACGUCACAUAAACAGGAUGAGGAAGUGGAGUCACUCUUCAAACAGGUAACCAAGGUCUCUGAAGAUUUCUUAUCACUGCAGAAGAAGUUAAAUGAAAUCAUACUUGCCCAUCAGCUCAACCCCAGCGAAAAUGGAAUGUUUGUGAAAGGACAACCCAUCAAUGGCUACUUGAGCUACUACCAACCACCAGCCGACACAAAGCAGUCACGAACAUCUCGCCGCACACAGCAACCAAAGACCCUGAACACACCAGAGGACUCCACGUACUACACACUCAUUCAUAGGUCUGUCCAGGAUGAUAAAAGGAGGCCAAGAAAACAAAGCCCCAAAAGGCUGGACAAUGAUGACCAGUACUACCAGGGUUUGUCCAGCACAAAGUCCCCAAGCCUGCCCAGUGACAGACGGCGCUCGAGCAAGCGGAGAUCUUCCACUGAAAGAAGACGCUCUUCUGAGAGACCUCUGUCUGAUGUGCCCAAAUCUGAUCUCCCUGAGGACCCGACGGAGAAAAGGCCCUCGUUCUCUAGAAUGCCCUCUACAGAGAGUCAAAGAGAGGACAACCCUUAUGACUACAGAAAGAUACUGAGGAAGACCUCCCAGAGACGAAAGCUAAUAACACAGCCCUGACCAUCAAGCUUCAGAACUUGUGUAAAUACUGUCAGUGACUGAUGAAGUCAGCAGAAAAUGCUGGUUGUCCUAAAAGGGAUGACAUUUCUGGCAUCAUUUACUCACUGUUAUGUCAUUCCAAACCCGUAUUAUUUUCUUUCUUGUGUGAAACACAAAAGGAGAAUUUUUGAAUAAUGUACCACCUGCUCUUUUCCAUGCAGUUUUCAUGAGUCAGGUUUGAAUCACUUGAGAGGAUUCAUUCCCAAAUCAGACUGAUCCGGUACAACUCACUGCUCACUGGAGGGGAAGACUGUAUUUUUUUGGGUGACCUGUUUCUUUAAUUAAUAUGCCAUGUUUUCAGUCCAUUUAUUGUAACAUGGUAUGGUUUUCCAUGAAAACACUGGCUUUAGUUUAAGUAGUUACACAAAUAAUGACUACUUAAUGCGUUUUGCUGUACAGAAUGUAAUACUACUUGACUAAUCAGAGACUUGAAUAAAAAUUAUGUUUCUUUUUUGUUUUUGUUUUUUAUAUGGACAGAGCAUUUGUGUUGCUCUUGUUUGAUUUUAAACCCCAGUUUAGCAGUUGGUGUUUUCUGUAAGCCUCUCUGUGAAUAAAGAUUUGUUCUCUUAAAAUUGACCUUUAUAUUUGCACAAGUAGGUUAUAUUUGAAUUACUGUCUCUACUGGUAAGUCAGACUUGCCACCUCAUGUAUUCAUAAACAUACAGAUAUGCACUAUAAUAAUUCCCCAGAUGCACUGGUG